AUGCUGUAAUUCAAGAGUUUAGAGGAACAAAUUCAAUACCAAGAAAAGAAUAUUGAGUAUUUGUAACAGCAAAACUUUGAUUUACAAAACUAAAUCUCCUAAUUCUCUCAAUUUUAAUAGUUAGGAAUUACCAUCGAGGCAUUCCAAUCUUUGUAGAAUAAUAGCAAAGAGUAAUCGCAACAAAUAAAACAAUUGCAAAAAGAGAAUGGUAAUCUACUUAAAUAAAUUCAAAAUAACCAAGUGAAAUAUUAUGAUAAAACACUAUCAAAAUUAUAAUAAGAAAAUGUGAAAUUGAAGAAUGAGAUCAGAUAAUUACGUCAAAGGAUUUCCUCACCAUCCAAACUUGAUAAGUCUAUUGUUCAGUAUAGUACACCUCAAAAGUUACUCAAUCCUAGUGCUAUACUCAAAUCCACAAAAGAUCAUCCAAAAGAUGUGUCGAGCUUGCUCUUUAUAAAGGGGUCUCAAAACUUUAAGUCUCCGUAUGUCGAUAUCAUUAAAGGGAAGUACGAGAACAUCAAAGUAAUAAAAUAGCUUAAAUCAGGAUUAGAGCAAUCUUAUUUCGACACUUAUCAUUUUGAUGUUGUAAGUCAAGAUCUCUAAUACUCACUCCAAUAAUUGGAUAGAUAGCACAGUAUCCAUUAGGGCAAAGGGCUACUGCUAUCCAAUUAAUUAUGUUUGAUCUUUGGGGCCUCAAGAACAAAUAAGAAGCAUUUCCUAAUACAAUACUUAGAUACUUUAAUCGGUUAAAUAAAACAACAGUUUGAAAUCUUCUAAUAGAAUGAAGAUUAUUAAUAAUUGAUAGUGAAGAUUGUAUAUGAAGAAUUAUUUAAUGGUUCUGCCAAGCAUCCUAAUGAUAGUGAAAUACUAUUCAAUAAAGAGCAAAGCAAGAGAGACAAUGAAAACAAAUUAAGAGAGAUUGAAUUGUCGAUUUCAAAAUUGAGGUUAAUCAUUCUCAACAAACUCAAAAUGACAAUAAAGGAUAAUAGUAAGAAGUAUGUCAAAGUAAGAAAACUGUAUGUAGAGACUGAGUUGUAAUUUAACAAGGAAACUCAAUCAAAUAAGUUUAUAGUGUUUACAUCCAAUUAAAAUUUGAAUCAAAAGCAGUUUUCAAAUGCAGAGGAAGGCUUAAAUGAAACUCUAGCCAUGAAGGACAAAGGAAAGGAAUUGACACAGAUCCUGAGAUGGCCAUAAUUACAAAUUUCCUUAGUGUUAUGUGUUCAUCCCACAAUUCCUGACUAUUCAUCCACGAUAAAUACAUUUUAGCUAUGCAAAUUUAUUAGGAAUUUGAAAUUAGUAUCUGAUUCUCCUUAAAGUUCUGAUAAAUUUUAAUAGAUUUUGGAGAAUAACAAUGUAAAAUAAUUAAAUAUCGAUAGAAAUCACUAGAACAAAAGAUAAAAAAAUUGAGAGAGAAAAUAAAGAACUUGGAAUCUGAAAAUUAUAGAGUUAAAAAGUAAAGUGUAAUUUUGGAAGCAGAGAACGAGGAGGCAGUUGAUAAGAAUAGAAAAUUGAAACAGCAGUUGAUAAAUUUAACAGGUUCUCUGUAGUAAUUGCAGAUGAAUUUUUAACAGCAGAUUUCUGCAAAGAAAUCCUUAUCUUUAUCUAAAACCAAAAGUGCAAUUGUAGCUGAUAGUAAAACGAUACAAACUCUCGAGAAGGCUUCAAAAAGCAUAUCAGUUUUAUUGUCUUAGGGUAGCAAGAGUGAUUUGAAUGUUAGUCCCUCUAAAGUUCAUAAGACUCUGCCUUCAGAUUUAUUAAUUGUAUCAUAAUGAGAGUUAUAAAAUAUAGCCAAACUUUUAGGAGAAUCCUGAUGACGAAGAAGAAUACUAGGAGGAAGGAGAGGAUGAUUAGGAGGACGAAGACCAAAUGGAGGACGAGGAAGCAGAUUCAUAGGAGCCAUCUGAAGUGGAUGAAUCAGAAGGGUAAGAUAUACAAUAGCCUAGGAAAGAGUCGUCGAUAUCUAUGAUAUGAGUG